UAUUGCUAUUACCGGUCUUAAUAUUUUUUGUGUAAUUCUUGUUAUUAUGAGUGCUAACGCUGCUUGCUUGCCGUGCCCUAUUUGUUUACAUACUGGUGUUUUUAAUACUGCGCAGUCGCUUAAAGACCGAUUAAUUUUUGUAUCUACAAAUAAUAUUUUGUGUCCAAUUUGUCAAGAAGAAGUUUCGGGCUUGGAUAAACUGACUAUACAUUUAUUCAGCCAUAUAAAUAUAGCACCAACGCAACAUCCUCCUCAACGAAAUGAAAACAUUGAUAUCAGAAGUGUGUCUAAGCAACCGACGAAACCAACAGCAGAGACUCAGAAAAAGACCAAAGUUACAACAUCCAAAAAUAAACCAUUAUCACCAACACCGAUUACACAAAUGAAGUUUGUGAAAAUUUAUCCCAAAUUGCCCGUUAUAGCUUUAAACACAAUGCCGAUUAUAGACAUAACACCGAAUGCAGAAGGUAGUGUCCAAAGCAAUAAUUCCCUUUACAUACCCGCGGUAAAAACCGAAACGUCUAUACUGCCAACUACAAACAAAUGUGAUAUUUGUGGACUGCAAUUUGUCGAUGCUAACAUUUUGAGAAUGCACAAGUGUUUGAUACAUAAUAUUGAAGAUAAUUCACACCAUACUUUCACACGAUACAAUUGUCAUCUUUGUUCAAAAAAUUUUAAAAUGCGAGGUUCUUUAAUGGUACAUUUGAGAGUAGCACAUUACGGUUUUGCUUCAAGUCAGACCUCUGAAUCAAACAUAGACACUGAAAAUAAAGACAAAAAUGGAAAUCACGUAUCAGACGUUAAGUCCUCUGACCUCGAAAGACGCGACGGUAAACAAUGGCAAUGCGAUGUGUGUCGAAAAUGUUUUACGACAAAAUAUUUUCUGAAGAAACAUAAAAGGCUUCAUACAGGUGAAACGCCGUACGCAUGUACACAAUGUAACAAAACGUUUACAUUCCAGCAGUCGUAUCAUAAGCACUUAUUAUAUCACAAUGAUGAAAAGCCCCAUACAUGUAGUUUUUGUGGCAGGGCUUUUAAAGAACUGUCAACACUCCAUAAUCACCAAAGGAUACACACAGGCGAAAAACCGUUCGCAUGUGAAACUUGUGGAAAAUGCUUCCGGCAAAGGGUUUCCUAUCUGGUUCAUAGACGCAUCCACACUGGCGUUAUGCCUUACAAGUGUACUGCUUGUGAUAAAAGUUUCAGAUACAAAGUAUCGCAACGAACUCACAAAUGUCAAGUUCAACCACCAGGGACGGUUGUUAGGCAAACAGGCGAAUUCGUUGAAAAACUUAAAAAGAAAAAAGAAUCAGACGAUCCGACUUUAAAAAGUAAUGAGAUUGAAUCUCAAAAUGGUAAGUUUGAACACACGAAAUACCCCGAAAUAUCUGAAGUGAACGCUGAAUUAGUGAGAACGGGGGCACAGUUAUCUUUAGAAGACAUGGAAUCUGAAAACUUUACAAUACUUUCAGAAGCCUUUGGAGAAAGUAAUAUGCCAUGCUCUAAUUAUUCUUCGGAAUUACCGAGAAAUGCCACUCAAGAUGAAAAAACUGUCGACAUAAUAUCGAACAUUGAUGAGUUAAUUGAAUCUAUUCCAGCUAAUGAAAAAAGCAUACCAUCACCAUCAGAUAUUUUUAAAAAGCUGUGUUUAUCAAAUGAGGAAGAAUUUUUCGGUGUAAAUCAAGAUAGUGACCUAAGCUACGAGAUGAAUAAAGACAUAAACGAUUAUUUGUAAAAUGUUUGUUAUAACUAUAAACUAGUAUAAAUCAAGA